AAAGGAAACAAACAUCUUUGAAAAAUCAGAAGAAAAAACUGACUCAUUAAAUAUUCAAGUUAAAAGUAAAGGAGACUCAAAAUUUCGUAAUAGUGGUAAAAUUUGUGCAGCAAAAAUAGAGACAUCAGGUUCAACUGGUAAUAUUAUUAGUCAUCUUGGACGAAAACAUAAAAUUUAUGAAUAUUCUAUACCUUUAAAGGCUACAUCAUCUUUAAAACAAAUUAAAAUUGAUCAUUAUACUAUUUUAUCAGAUUCGCUUUCACAAAUGACACAAGAUCAACAUAAAUAUUUGGAAACUCUUCUUUUUGAAUGGCUUAUUCUAGAUUUUCAACUACUUUAUCUUUUAAAAUCUCCUUCUUUUCGUAAAUUUAUCUAUGCAUUAAAUAAAAACUUUGAACUUUCAACUGAUAAAGAAUUUUGA